AUGGGGGGCUCCUCGGCGUGCGACGGGACUCUGUCACUCGACGAGUUCAACGCCUCAGCGAAGGCCCUGGUCACCAAGUGGAGGGGGAUCGACGUCGACGACGCUCUUCCCGACUGGGAGUGGAGGCCUUGCCGCAAGAUGGGGGUGCCAUCUGAGACGGAGGGGUUCGUAGCCCUGGAAGGAGUGUACCGCAUUGGCGCAGGAGGCCAGGUUGAGGGGAGCAGUGACGACCCUGUCCCUGAUGAUGGUGUAGAGUAUGAUACCUCGGUUCAGAGCUCUAGGGAUAAUGUUCAUCUUUAUGAUUUCCAUAUUGUCUACAGCUUUUCUUACAAAGUUCCGGUGCUAUACUUUCAAGGUCUUCAGUCUGGUGGGCAGCUACUAACUUUAGAUGAGAUAAAAAAGGAUCUUCCUUCUCAUUCGCUUCAGCUGUUAAAUGAAUCAAAGUGGACAUUUAUUACUCGAGAGGAGCAUCCCCACCUAAGUAGGCCAUGGUUCACCCUGCAUCCAUGUGGAACCAGUGACUGGAUGAAGUUGCUUCUUCAUAAACUGGGAGAUAAGGAUCGAUCUCUGCAAUACUUGUCAGCAUGGUUAUCUGUGGCCGGUCAGGCAGUAGGAUUGAAAAUCCCACUUAAGCUUUAUUGCAGUUCAUAG